UGGAAAACAACGGCAUAAAAAAGAUCACGAUGGUUUCCGUAGGGAAGCAGCAUCACAGUGACGUCACUGGAAUGCCGUCUCUCGCCCAGUCGCCCAACAAUGAAUUGGUUACUUGAACCUCGGUUCAGAAUUCUCGAGGCAUUGGAUAUUGGUUUUGAUGUCCUCAAUUUUCUUUUCGGCCGAAUCCCAGCAAAAGAAGAGCAAUCGCUUUCUGAGCCGGUAUCCAUUUCACAAUUUGGUCAACAUGCAGUCGGCCACACAUCAAAAAGACGUUGAGGCCGGGAGCAAGGUGGCCGGCCAGCCACGCAGCACCAAGAGCACUGUCCUUGAGUCGGGGGCUGCCAUGACACAAGACUUCUCCCCCAUCCAAAACAUCUGCGCCCACCUCAACGCCUUCCACGUCUACGCCUCGGACCCGACGCGCGUCGUCGAGGCCAACCACUACUGCGGCCACCUGACUGAGGACGUGCGCCAGUGCCUGCUCUACGACAGCCCCUCGCCGGGCGCCCGCCUGAUCGGCGUCGAGUACAUGAUCAAACCGCACCUGUACGAGACGCUGCCCCAUGAAGAGCGCCGCCUCUGGCACAGCCACGUCUUUGAGGUCAAAUCGGGCAUGCUCGUCAUGCCCCAACCCAACCCGCUCGUGCCCCAGGCCGUGUGGAACAAAGCCGAGACGGCCGAGAUGGAAGAGGUCAUCAAGCUGUACGGCAAGGUCUACCAUUUGUGGCAGGUCGAUCGCGGGGACAAGCUGCCGCUUGGGGAGCCGCAGUUGAUGACGAGCAUUACUGCCGAGGGGCAGGUGGCGGGGUUGGAGAAGAUUAUGGACGAGAGGGAUCAGCGGUUUGCUGGGUGCGAUUGGAGGCAGAAGAAGGAGAUUCGCAAGGGUAUUGAAGAGCCGCGAAUCCAUCCUGGCGCCGAUUACACAUGGAAAAAGAGCUGAAGUUGGAGCACUGUAUUAGCCCGUGUAAGAGGGCGAUCAGGUCUGCCCUUGAUGUGAGCUGGGAUUUAUCUCACUUGCAGACGCUAGGAUGUAAUUUGCCAAUCUUUCAAACCGGGCCACCUCCAGAGUCGCAUUCAAGCCCUUUGCAUCACACUUUAUUCCUGGUGUUGAGCAGUUCAACGUGUCAUCGGAGAUGUCCACAGAAGAUGUAGGCGGGAAGAAAAGCAGGUGGUUUGGCCGGAGUUAGGGGUCAGAUGGAGGUUUGGCAGUAUUUGCUAACCAUUUGAGGCUUUGUUUGCGACGCAAAACCACCAAGAUUACCCU